CUUCUGAUUGCAAUCUGUCUAAUUCAACUGGACUCACCUUUUUUGAACACUACUCUGAAACGAGAUACGAGAAACGUCAUGUCGGCCAACGGUACCACCCCUUUCCCCAAGAUCGUCUCGAUCGAGACGUUUGUACCCUCGAGCGAAGGAGCCGGCGGUGAUUACCAUCGUCAAAAGACUGACCACUGGAUCGUCCAAGGAAACAUCUCGAACCCCAUGAGCAUGUUCCCCGAAUGGGCGUCUUCCCGUACGAUCUGGGGAAUCGGUGUCCUUGGUUCGCUCUUUGUCAAGGUCACCGCUGACGACGGGACCGUCGGAUACGCUACCGGGUUCGGAGGACCUCCUGCUUGUUGGUUGAUCGAGGAGCAUUUCAAGCGAUUCGUCGUUGGCCAGGAUCCCAGGAACACUAAUGUCAUGUGGGAGCAAAUGUACCGAGCCUCGAUGUUCUACGGCCGACGAGGUCUGCCCAUCUUAGCCAUCUCCGUGGUAGAUCUCGCCAUUUGGGACUUGCUGGGGAAGAUCAGGAACGAGCCCGUCUUCAAGAUGAUCGGAGGGAGGACCAAGCCGGAGAUUCCGUUGUACCUGACUGGGCCUUUGCCGGCCGAGGCCAAGAGGAUGGGAUUCUGGGGUGGAAAGGUUCCCCUGCCGCACGGUCCUCACGAGGGCGACACCGGGAUGAAGAAGAACGUCGAGUUCCUCAAGAAGUGCCGAGCCGACGUCGGCCCCGACUUCCCGAUCAUGGUCGACUGCUACAUGUCCCUCAACGUCCAUUACGCCGUCCAGCUCGCCCAGAAAUGUAUCGACGAGGGGAUCAACAUCAAGUGGUGGGAAGAGGUCUUGAACCCGGACGAUGUGGCCGGGCACAAGUUGUUAAAGGAGCGAAUGCCUACGGUUACGUGGACGACGGGAGAGCACGAGUACAACAGGUAUGGGUGUAGGGAGUUGAUCAAGGAUAGGGCGGUAGACAUCUUGCAGGCGGAUGUGAUGUGGGUCGGCGGUUUGACCGAGCUGAUGAAGGUCAACUCGCUGUGCAUGGCACACGAUAUCCCUCUUGUCCCGCACGGAUCCGGGCCCUACUCUUACCACGCCAUCAUGAGCUUCCCCAACUCGCAAUUCUGCGAAUACAUCGCCAACAGUCCCGAUGGCAAAUCCAUCCACCCGUGUUUCGGCGAUCUGUUCUUGGACGAGCCUCUACCGAUCGGAGGAAAGAUCGACCUGGAUGAGACCAAGCCUGGAUUUGGGAUGACGUUGAACCCCAAGGCCAAGUUGGUACCUUACAACCAGUUCUUCCAGAGCAACCCAUCGCAUACGCUGGGCAAGGCUGAUCAAGUGCAGCCCGAAGAGACGCAUUGAUCGGAGAGUAUGGCAGAUCAGGUUUGAGGUCCGCAUCAGAUGUAAUAAUUAACAAC